GUUUGUGUUUGAGCUUCUGACACUGUGGUCGAUCGGUUAAUCGAGUCAAUUAGAUCUUUGAAUACCCGUGUAUCUUAAAUUUUGUUUCUUUAAGUUAUUCAAUAUCAGUGUGUUUUCCGUACGUGUACGAUUGAUUUAUUCAUCUAUCCGUGUAAAAGAUAUAUCUAACGAUUCCCAUAUAAACAACAUUUAUCGAGCUAUAGAUCGUAGUAAAUAUAACAAAAACUACAAUAUCAUUUGUUAAUUUUCCUUGUAGAUUGUUCAUUUGUUGGUACACAAACAAAAUGUCAUUUUCCACUUUGUAAUACUAUUUAUUAUAGUUGGUAAACGGUUAUUGAUUUGAUCAGAAUUUGUCCACGUGUGUUUUUACUGUACUAAAUGGCAUAAAAAGAUCCGACCGUGAAAUAAGACAGAAGUGAGAGUGACUGACGACUGUCAACGGAGGAAAGCAAAACCGACAAGAGAACACAAACAAAAAUCGAACAAAAAAUCUAUGGACUAAAAUGGAUUACAGUUAUAGACUGUUAUGGCUCUUUGGCGUUUUACUUGGACCAAUUUUAUUUGCUGUUGUUUCUCUGCAGGACAUAGCGAGUCCAGUUUUUCAAAACCACAAAACAAAAGAAUGGACAAACUUAGAUAACAUUACGUUUUCAUUCGAUUGCAGAAAUCGUCCCGUAGGUUUCUACGCCGACAUGGAGUACAAUUGUCAGAUAUUUCACAUGUGUGAUGAGGAGGGCAAUCGAAUACCGCAUUUGUGCGCCAACGAGACUUCAUUCAAUCAGGAAUAUCGAAUUUGUGAUUGGGACUAUAAUUUCAAUUGUACGGAAUCACCUAAAUGGUUUUACCUGAAUGAACUAACCUAUGCCACAGAACCACCAGAUGAAGAUGACGAUUACUAGUAAUAAAUUUUAAAUGAAUCCACAUAAUUCCACUUGAUGAAGAUCCAUGUUCCAAUAUUUAGUAAUAUUUGUUUUCUUUUUUUUUUUUGCUUU